AUGCUACUUGAGAUAGAAUCCAUUACGAUAGUCUUGCCUACCGAUGGAGUACCACUGAUCGCAAACGGUACUUAUAAGACGUGGCAACUGUUAGUUGCCCUGGAAAGGAAUCUACAGCCGGGUGGGACACUUCUGUUCUUCCCCAGCCCGUAUGAGGAUCACAAAUGUGAAGUGUGUUCGGUUCAUGACCAUACCGGAUCGAAGAUUCGAAGCCGUGGUGAGAAACCACUACUCGGAAUGCUGGAAACCGUUUCGUAUACCCAUCCUGCGAUUUGCCUCAGAACGGCCCCGCGCUCCAAGAGGACCCCCAUUCAUUGGCCGCCGGAUUAUCUUGUACCGGAGAAAAUGCGUGUGAUCAUGAGCGACAUCCUCAGACUGGAAGAGUUCAAACCAGCAGGACCAGCUCAAGGAGAAACGCUGGAAGGAGCAAGCAGCCAAGAGGAGGCGACGUCGCAACGAAUUUAA